AAGGCCUCGGCACACUCCGACCGCCGCGCCGCGGCGGCCCGCCUGCUCUCCCAGAUGGCCAGCAAGCUCCACAGCCCGCGGCUGUCCACGCUGGCCACGCGGGUCAAGCUUGACGCCUUCGAGCGCGUGAAAAAGGCGAUCGACGACAUGAUCGCUGCCCUCACGGACGAGAAGGCUGCCGAGAUCAAGCACAAGGAUUUCUGCGUGUCCGAGCUGAACGAGAACCAGCUGCAGACCCAGAAGAAGGAGGCCGAGAAGGAGGACCUCUCAGCGAAGAUCGCUACAACGGAGACAACGAUCAGAGACCUGGCAGCCGCCAUCGACACGCUCAAGGCCGAGAUCGCAGAGAUGCAGGUGCAGCUCAAGCGCGCCGGGGAGGACCGCGAGAAGGAGAACGCCGACUUCCAGACCACGGUUGCAGAUCAACGCGAGACCCAGAGGUUGCUGAAGGCAGCGCUCGAGGUGCUGGCGGGCUUCUACGGGAAGUCGAAGGCGGCGGCUCUGGUGCAGCGGCAGGGGCCAGCGGGCCCGGCGCCGCCCCCCGGCUUCGACGAGUACAAGAAGAGCGCCGCCAGCGGCGGGUUGGGUCCGGGCUCCCCCCUACUGGGGUCCGAAUAGACGUCGCGGGCGAAAGGACAUCUCUGGACGGCGGUAGGAUUUAAGUCGGGCAUGUCCCUUUACAGGAGGAGUACUCAAGAAUAAGCAACAAAUAGUCUGCGG